AUGGCCGGGCAGGACCCCCACCCCCAGGACUCCGAGGAGAGCGUCUUCUCCCGCGAGAGCGACCACUGCCUGUACUUCAGCUACAGCGGCCCCCCGAACACCCUGGAGGUCCGCAACCUCAGCUACCAGGUGGACCCCGCCUCGCAAGCACCCUGGUUCGAGCAACUGGCUCAGUUCAAGCUGCCCUGGCGACGCAGCAGGGGGCCCGGGAGCCCCGGCCUGGAGGACCUGAGCUUCAGGGCGCGCAGUGGACAGAUGCUGGCCGUCAUCGGGGACACAGACUGCGGCCGCGCCUCCCUGCUGGACCUCAUCACGGGGCGUGCGCCCGGCGCCCGGGCUCAGGCGGGCCAGGUGUGGAUCAACGGGCGCCCCAGCACGCCCCAGCGGGUGCGGAGGAACGUGGCCCACGUGCGGCAGCAUGACCAGCUGCUCCCCCACCUCACCGUCCGCGAGACCCUGGCCUUCGUGGCCCAGCUGCGCCUGCCCAGGAGCUUCUCCCAGGCCCAGCGCGACGAGAGGGUGGACGCGGUGAUCGCGGAGCUGCGGCUGCGGCAGUGCGCGGACACGCGCGUGGGCAACGCCUACGUCCGCGGGGUGUCGGGGGGCGAGCGGCGCAGGGUCAGCAUCGGCGUCCAGCUGCUGUGGAACCCAGGCAUCCUGGUCCUGGACGAGCCCACGUCGGGGCUGGACAGCUUCACGGCCCACAACCUGGUGUGCACGCUGGCGCGGCUGGCGCGGGGCAACCGGCUGGUGCUCACGGCCCUGCACCAGCCCCGCUCCGACAUCUUCCACCUCUUCGACCUGGUGCUGCUGCUGGCCGGCGGGGCCCCUGUCUACCUGGGCGCCGCCCAGCACAUGGUCAGCUACUUCACGGCCGCCGGCCAGCCCUGCCCCCGCUACUGCAACCCCGCAGACUUCUACGUGGACCUGACGGCCAUUGACCGGAGGAGCCCAGAGCAGGAGGUGGCCAGCAGGGAACGGGCACGGGCACUGGCAGCUCAGUUCCGGGACAGCGUGCGUGACUCUGAGGACUCGCUGUGGGCCCCGAGCACAGCCCCACGCGCCAACAGCCCGGCCCCUGCAGCGGACUCCAGCCCGAGAGCCACACCCCCGGCGCUGCCCGGCUGGGCACAGCAGUUCAGCGUGUUGAUCCGCCGCCAGAUCGCCAAUGACUUCCGUGACCUGCCGGGUCUCCUGGUGCUGGGGGCUGAGGCCUCGCUCAUGGCCCUGGUCAUCGGCUUCCUGUACUACGGCCACGGGCCGCGCCCGCUCUCCUUCCCGGACACGGCGGCUCUCCUGUUCAUGGUGGGCGCGCUGGUCCCCUUCAACAUCAUCCUGGACGUCAUCGCCAAAAGCCACGCCGAGAGGCCCAUGCUGUUCUCGGAGCUGGAGGACGGGCUCUACACGGCAGGCCCCUACUUCUUCGCCAAGGUCCUGGGGGAGCUGCCCCUGUACGGCGCCUACAUCCUGGUCUACGGGCUGCCCACCUACUGGCUGGCAGGCCUGCGCCCGGCCCCGCAGCCCUUCCUGCUCCACCUGCUGCUCCUGGGCCUCGUGCUGCUCUGCUGCCGCGCCAUGGCGCUGGCCACGGCCGCGCUGCUGCCCACGCUGCACCUGUCCUCCUUCUGCGGCAACGCGCUCUACAACUCCUUCUACCUCACCGGCGGCUUCAUGAUCCAGCUCAGCAACCUGUGGACAGUGCCCGCGUGGGUAUCGUACGUGUCCUUCCUGCGCUGGUGCUUCCAAGGGCUGAUGCAGAUCCACUUCACGGGCCAGACCUUCCCCCUGCACGUGGGGAACAUCACAGUGUCCAUCCCCGGAGACUGGGUCCUGCGCUCCAUGGGCCUGGACACGCACCCACUCUUCGUCGCCUUCCUCACGCUGCUGGCCAUCACCACCGGGUUCCUGGGCCUCUACUACGUGGCCCUGCGCUGCGUCAGGCAGACGCCGAGCCAGGACUGGUGAUGCCGUGGCCAGCCACAGGGGGGCAGCAGAGCGCCAACGGUGGAGGGACCCCAGGAGAAGCUGCUGGGCGGGGGUUCGCCCUGGGGCAGCCCCGACAGAGACAGUU